AGGGAGACCGCAGGGCCGUGUGUGGGGCGAUGGAGAGCUGACGGCCCGCGCUGGGCGCGCUGAGCCCCCCCGCGCCCGGCGGGCAGCCCCCUCCCGCUGCGGCCGCUCCGCGGGGCCCGGCCCUGCCGCGGCCCCCCGUCCCCUCCCCGCGGCGGCCCCGCGCAGGCGCGGCCCAGGGCGCGGGAUGGCGGCAGCGGAGGCGGGGGCCGUGCUGGUGCCGGUGGCGGGUGCGGAGGCGGCGGGCGCGGGGCCGCCGUGCCCGGAGCCGGCCCGCCUGGCCCGGCUGCCGCUGGCGCGGGUGAAGGCACUGGUGAAGGCGGACCCGGACGUCAGCCUGGCCAGCCAGGAGGCCGUCUUCGUCCUGGCGCGGGCCACGGAGUUGUUUGUUGAAACCAUAGCCAAAGAUGCUUAUGUGUAUGCUCAGCAAGGAAAAAGGAAAACUCUGCAGAGAAAAGACCUGGAUAAUGCCAUUGAAGCUAUUGAUGAAUUUGCUUUUUUGGAAGGUACUUUGGACUGAGCUGGACAGAGACAGAGCUCUCUGGAGAAGGAGACUGCAGAGGCAGACAUGGGGUGGAAAACAGGACGUUGAGAGUUCAAAAAUAGCUCCUAGAGUUGAGACACUGAAAUGGCAACCAUAUUUUGUAUAAAGUUUAAGUUGUUUUAAGUUCUUUAUUUAAAAUGCAUAUUUUUUCAUAACUAUUUUGUAAGUCACUUAACUGUGCCCUGCCACCAUGGGGCAGGCUGCUCUCCGGGUCACACGGCAGUCACUCAGAGUAGCGGUCCCUGCCUCUCCAGGUAUUCCGCAGCACCACAGAGCUGUGAACGGCGAGUGGCUCGGCUCAGAUGCCCAGGCACAGUGAAUUUUUUCUUAUGGAAAUGUAUUUUUCUUUAUAUAUGUUUGUUUCUUGGCCGAACACAAUUACAUUUUUUUUAUUGUUGU